UAUUUGCACACCACCACUAGCCACCACCACCUCCAACACUGCCACAACACAACACAAACAUAAACAUAUCUUGCUGUGAAAACGUGGGAAAAUAACUAUUUUUUCAUCCUUGGAACCUUCAUCUUCCACCAAAUAUCAACAUCUCAGCAUGCUGCGUUACUGAACAGAUUUGAGGAGAAAAAGGCUCAGUUUUUUUGUUCUUCAUCACUUCUAGAAGUUGCCCUUGCCCUUUGUUGGACAUAUUAUGGCUAUUCAAACGCAGUGGUAUCCAAAUAAUUCUGCUUCUUCUCCGUUCUGGAACAAUGGUCAUUGUGCUCCUGGCUUCAUGGACUCCGGCAUCAGUUUUCAGCACAAACAACAGCAACAGCUAGCAGAACAGCAUUUGGGAGAGUUAUGCAAUGGGAGUCAGGGAGGAGCAUUUGAUCCAAAUCUUCAUGUGUGUAGUUCAAAAGGGAUGAAUUCUCCUAUGUUUGCUAUUCAGUUUGAGAAACAAUGGGGAGAGAUUGAUCAGUAUAUGAAAUCUGAGGAUGAGAAAUUGAGAUACAUGAUAAAAGAGCAUGGGAAACAACAGGUGAUGGCAUUGUUGAGAAAACUAGAAACUCGAACACUUCACGUCCUGAGAGAAAAAGAUGUAGAAAUUGCACAAGCCAUGAAGAAAAGGUUAGAGUUAGAAGAGUAUUUGAAAAGGUUAGAGGCCGAAAACAACAAAUGGCAGAGGUUGGCUCAGGAGAAGGAAAACAUGGCAUUGACCCUUUACAAAACACUGGAGGAAAUGACAGAAGGUGGAAACUUUUUGAACAAUGGGACAGUGGCAAAUGAUGCAGUGUCGUGCUGUGGAGAAACUGGGGGAACUGAAGAGAGGGAAGAAGAAGAAGAGGAAGAAACUGCAGAAAAAGGUUUAGAAUGUGGAGGGGUGAAUGUGGAUGAAGUUGAACAGAUUACGAGAAAAGGAGGAGUAAUGGUUUGUAAAAGCUGUCAUUCUAGGAGGUCGUGCUUUCUGUUCCUCCCAUGCAGGCACCUUUCUUCCUGCAAAGUUUGCAACGCUUCCCUCGAGGCUUGCCCCGUCUGCAGAACACCAAAGAAAGCUACCAUUGAGUUGAGACUUUGAUUUUCUAGGCUCUGAUAUGAGUACAGACUUUGAUUUUCUAGGCUGAUAUUCCCGGAAAAAAGUAAAUACAACAACACAUAGAUUGCUUAGCUAUGAUGGAUGAUGAUGAUGAUGAUGGAUCUGCCAAGAAUCAAGAUACAUGGACAUUACUCAUUUUCAUCUCAGUGAGUUCAAUGUUUCAAGACUCAAAACCUUAACUAUAGUUCAAUGUCUUUAAUAUUCUUCAAAUGUCUGGUUUAUUUCCUUAGGACUUUUAUGUGUUUAGAUCUAAUCUGUAGAAGACCAACACAAGAGAAUUUGUCAAAUACAACAUCUUCAAAUUUCUGCAAUAUUAAUCAGUCAUUUUUGUUUUU